AUGGUGGAGUUAUGGAAUUCUGGUUCUUCUUACUCAAUCAUUGUUUACAGAAUGUAUGGAUCGUUCAUUUACUACUUUUCAGAAUUUGGAGCUUGCGUACGGGUAUAUGCUUACCUGAGAAAGGUAAAUGUUGUUAAUGGCACACAUUUGUAUAACAUGUACGACGGUGUAUUUUUGAGUGUCAUUGCACAGGACACUAAAUAUCAUAUCUUUCCAAUUAUCUUUUGUGUUGUGGAUAAACAGAACGAUGCUUGUUGGACCUUCUUCUUUGAGAAGUUAAAGACUAUAGUAGAAUAUGAACCAAAUCUAUAUGUCAUCUUCGAUAGAAACAUUAGAAUUCCCAAUGCCUUCUCCCGUAUUUACAAUUGUGUGCAUCAUGGACUUUGCAUGAGGCACCUUGCUAAAAUUUUUCGAGUAAAUCAACAUUGUGGAGAGCAUCUUUAUUUGUUCUACGCCACAGCAAAGGCUUAUUCUCUUAAUGAAUUUAGCUAUAAUUUUACGGAAUUGAAGAAUAAAUGCCCUGAGGUAGCACAUGUCCUUGAAAAUGUACUUGAUUUUGAGAAGUGGAGUAAAGCACAUUUUUUGGGCAAUAGGUACGAUGUGAUGACCAUAAAUAUCACCGAGUCUCUCAACUUGGUGUUGACGGAUGAACAGAAGUACCCCGUGUCAUACGAAUGGCAUGCAUUUGUCGGCAAUUCAAACAACAAAUUUGUGCCUUGUGCGGAAAAGAUCCUCAGAGAUAAUAAGAGUGCACGUGAUUCAUUAUAUGUGACUAAUGCAAAUGGAAAUCUCGACCAACUCAUCAUGUUCGGAAACGGUGUCACUUCCAAGGUCAAUCUCUUGGAGAGGAGUUGUUCCUGUAGGAAAUAUUACUUGGUGAAACUGUCGUACGAACAUGCGAUGGCUGCUUUGCAAGUAAAGUAUGGCGAUGGCUAA